UGACUUAACGACGUAGGCAUAUCCGAUUUCCUUUUUUGCCCUUUCCUCUCCAUUUUCUCGGAUGACAUAAUCGGGCCCUAUCGCGAGUCUUAAAGGAAGGGAAAAUGGAAAUUUCCUAACCAGACAAAAAGGCCAAAGCCACUUGGACAAAGCAGGGUUUUCUUUUAUCCAACUAGAAAUCCCCACGUGUUACCCUCUGAUCGGGGCAUGCUUAGCCUAGGUUACUGGGGGUUCUUUUAUAGACGUAAAGGGGCCGUUGACGUUGUUGGGGUAAUAUUACUAACGUUGUUGGAAACGAAAGCAGGGACUCACUCUCUCCGGUGGCUCGUCACUGAUUGAACGCGAGAAUCCGGCAGCUCAACUCCACCGGAAAGUGAGCUGGACCAGAUAAAGUAUUUGGUCAUGAGGUUGUCUUUUGUUGCCUGAAAUCAGAUCACCAUGGCCAAUCCGGCAGCUUCCCGACCUGCGGAUAAUAUUGAUUUCAACUGCACGUAUGAGGAGUUCUUUACCUGGUUCAACAAAUAUACUAGUGGAUCUCCUCUACCAAGCAAUGUUAUAGAUGACAAUCCUUACAGAUAUCGGCCCCAAAAUUUACCAAAGAAUUUUUGGUUCUUGAUUAGCUCAAACGAGAACAUUGAUGUGGAACAUGGCUUCUGGGAGACUAAAGAGGAGGCCCGUGAAGUGUUCUCAAACUCUGAUAUUAUUGGUUGGAAAACCACUCUUGAAUACUAUGAGGGUCAAGUCCCUUAUGGGCGUAAGACUGAGUAUGUGAUGCAAGUUUUCAGCAUAACUCAGAAGAUACUGAGCGAUGACAAUGAGAAAAAGGAAAAGAGCUCCAUGUGUAGACUUUCUCUUUUUCAUGAGAUGCAGAAGACAGUGUGCAGUGCUGGUGUUGAGACUGAAACCAGGAAUCACUUAACACAACCUCCUGUUCUAGAUGCUAACAGUAGCACAAGAAGAGUUUCCUCAAGCAACCCUGAGGUGAACAAGCAUGAUGCUGUUGCAGGGAGACUUCCAGUUCCAGAGCAUCAUGGAGAGAACCUCAAUGAAAUGGAUUCUUUCUCAGGAGGAGUUGGCUUUCUGGAAUUGGAUGAUCUUAAUAGCCCAGCAUCACCUUCUUCAAGCUCAGAUAAUUCAAGUGCCAUGAGCCUUUCAUCAGGUGAAUGCUUUGAUGCAAUGGCUUUGUUGCAAGACCUUGAGGACCCAGUUAUAGAACAGAAGGAUGAAGGUAAAAAGCUUAAUGUCUCUGCAUCCAAAAAAUUGGACGAGGUGGUUAUAGUUCCACCCACUUUAGGAUCUGUGGUUAGUGUUGAGGGAAGCAACUCGGGUAGUGACGAAUCCUUCAAAACUGCUGGCUCUGCGCCUGUUUCAGCUUCAAAGCAUGCCAAAGGGGAUCAAAGGGGUGAAGGUCCAUCGUCGUCACCCGAUAGCCAUAUGGCAGCAUCUGCAGGUGGAAGAAAGAGAGUUCCUUUUCGCGGAAUGAAGAAACUUCGAAAGAAGUACUUAUGCUUCAUGCCAUUUUAGGUUUAGAUACUUAUUUUUUCAUACGUAUUGCAAUUGUCAGAAACUAGUAAAUUAAGAUAUAUAUAUAUAUAUAUAUAUAUAUAUUACAUAUUUGGAGGAUUAAUCAUCUCACUCAACACUCACAGGGUAGUGAAUUAUCAUAUUCUAAAUGUUAUAUAUCAGCAUGUAAAAGGUCAAGGGCUUAGCCAAAUGAAUGAAAUUGUUAUUAAAUGA